GGUGCAUUGCUACGGGCAACCGCGGCUCUCAAGUGCUCGACGUGAUCUCUGGCAGUCACAGCCCAGCAGGGAGACGACAUUACUUACAGGGAAAAGUACACAAAAAAAAAAUAAAAAAAAAACUUCAUCCUUUUUGUUCUGACGGUUUAACAGCUAUGACUGACAUCCUGCGGCUGGUUCCAGAAGCGGACACACGGACUUUACCCACUCUCUCCCAGCUCUCUGAAAACGAUAUUAACUGUAUUUGGGCUGAUAUGUCCGCAUACAUUGAACGUCAGAUGACCUUACAGAAGGGGGUCAACCUGGCAGGACUGGGGACCUUCACCUUCUCUCAGCAGAAGUUGGACAUAGGAAACAAGUUCACAAUGAUCCAAAGACCCGUCUUUCUCCUGGCGGGGAAACUGGUCCAGUCUCUGGGUUUAAAGCAGCUCAGGCCACUGGCUGCAGCAGCACACCUACCAGUUGUGAAACUGAACUUCGCAGCUGUGUCACAAGAUACUCCUUUCAGUCGCGACGUAGUGGAGGGCUGCAUUAGAGAAACUCUUCUUCUCCUCUUCAGAGCUUUGGCCUCUGAACAAAAUGUAUUUCUCAACUUCCAGGGAAUUGGAGUUUUGUCCUUCAAGAACAACAAGGUGCGGAUGAAGUUCAAGAAAGAAUUUAUUAAUGCCAUGGAUGGAACCGGGCGGCUGCUGUUAGCCUUUAACAAUAGACCGGGGAGCAGUGUCUCUUUACUGUCUGGUGGCCUGUCCAGGCUGCAGAGGCCACAGACUGCCAACCCUGUCGCCUUGCCAACUGUCUGCUCUCCUCAGCCGGACAACAAAGCCGGUGACAAAGAUCUAUGGUGCUUGUCGCCAGCUCCAGACCAGAGGAAUGCAGGAGGUGAGAGAGCUUUUAGCGCUAAAUUAAAAGUUCCCCAACAGAGAGAAUCUAAAUCUCAUCAGCCACUGCAGCCUGCCAAGAUGAAAGCUGUCAGCCUGUCUGAAAACCUGAAUCCAAAACCACCCAUGGAGGCCACAGACAAGCCCAUAACCUCCAUGGCACCAACAGAGGUCACUCCAAAACUAGAGGAACCUCACGUGAACAUUAGCUGCUCUGGCCACAACCGUGCUGGACAGGAACUGUGCUACCUGUGUAUGCAGCGGGCACAAAGAAAUGUUCCAGUCUAUCUGAGGCAGCAGCAGCAGGCCGAGGAGAAAGUGUACGAGAAACUCUUACUGCUUGAAGAACAAAAGAGAGACAAGCAGUACAUGGACGAAGAACAGGAAAAGCUGAAUGAGCACCGUCAGCAUGCAAAGCAGGUUGCUACAUUCAACCUGAAAAUGUCAGAGAAGAAAGAGAAAACUUACAGUCCUCUCUUCCCUACUUCAUUUGUCUUCCCGGCUCGGCCCUUCACUCCUGCCAGGAGGAUCCAGCAGCAUCGCUACAUGAACGAGCUUCAGGGCCAGAUAGAGACACGGCGGCAACAUGAUGCUCAAGACCAGCAGAACCGUCGCCUCAUGGAGCGUCUAGACCAGGUCCAGCUGGUCCAGGAGAUAGCUUUGCAAAAGGCUAAGCAGCUCCAGCAGAAACACAAGCGAACUAUGCAUUACAAGAGGGCUCUGGACACUCAGGUGGGAGAUAAGAAGUGCACAGAACCUCCAGAGUGCCAGCAUGACAACUCCGGGUUUAACCGCUGUGAGACAGCAGCCAAUAACGCAGAGAGCCGACAGAGGGCACAGAAGCUCUUCCAGGUAAAUUUCAAUGCUGCCACUCAGAGGAAGAAAGAAGAACUGCACAACCGCCGAGAGCAGCUGGAGAAAGAGAGAGAAGUUCUCAAACACAACAGAAUGGAGUUAAUAUUGGACCGCAUAAGUCACUUUGAGAAGAAGCAGGACAUCGGUAAGUCACUGGAGGACGAGUGGCGGCGUAGUGCAAAGCUCAAACACCAGCGAGAGGACGAGGAGAGGCACUUCCAGAGGUCUGCUGGUCAACUCCUGGUUGAUAAGCUUGAGCAGUACAGGCGCUGCUGCCAGUGUAAGAGGAGGACCACCAACUGUGGAGAGACCAACAUCUGGAAAGACUCCUAUUAUCUUUCUGGCUCACAGUUCAUGAUCUGAUGAACAGUGUAGCCUAGCGCAGCACUUUAAAACCUAAACAAGACCUCAACCUUUGUAACUCAUCAUGAGACAAUCACUAAAGAUACUUGGAUGUGUUGGUGUGCAGCAUCCUCUGUUUAAUUGUGAGAUUUCGUCUUGCUCCUUUUCCAAAAUUAGUCCUUGGAGUUCAUGUUUGUUGUACUUUGUAUUUUUCCUAGAAUAUUGUUGUUUUUGGCAAUAAUAUAUUCCAAGUUUGCAUGUUACAAUAAUACUGAUUUCCUUCGUUGUUUAAUAGUGUUAAAAAAAUUAGCUGAUGUCAUCUUAUUUUCAAUCCAUUCAGA